AUGGAGAAAUUUAGAGCAUAUGCUGAUUCUCAUACAGGAAUCAAUUUAUUUGUACCUGCCUUUGUUAAUUAAAAGUUAUCACCUUUAAUUCUGCUCCUCCAUAUUGUAAUUUAAUUGAUAUUAUGUGAUAUAGAUCUUGGGAUCCAUAUUGUUAUUGGUUAGAAUUCCUAUUUUGAUGAUACUAUUUUUAUUACUCAAAAUUUUGAAUACUCUUAAAAUAGAUUCUCUAAAUUAAUUGAUAGGAAAAUUGAUGUUGGUUACAUGUGGAUUUUUUAGCAUUGAAAAUUAAAUACCAAUAUAAGAUAAAGGUGGAUAAUUAAUAUUAUCAAAUCAUUCUAGUCCCAUUGAUUGGAUAUUUUUUUUAGCUUAAUCUUCGCCAAACUUUGCAACUUUUGUUGAAAGUGGUGAUUAAAUUAGAUAUUAAAUUCUUUCUUUAAAUUAAGUGAUUAAGAAUAUAUUCUAAAUUAAUAUAGCAUAAACAGGAACUGGAUUAGAAUUAAAUGAUAUAAUAUUCUAAAAUAAACCUACAUUAUUAUUCUUUGAAGUAUUUCAAUAAUAUUAUUUAUAGGGAUGUUAAACAAAUUAGUUAGGAGUCUUAUCACCACCAAUAUAAAUGAUAGCUGAAUUACAAAAACUAGCAUAAUCUAUAGUAAAUAAAAUUCUUAUUUUAGAAUAUAUAUGUUUUAACUUAUUCUGACAGAUCUAUUUUUACUCCCAUUAAUACUACUAGGAAUGGAUUUUGGCAUUUUUUAUUAAUGUUAACAAACAUUUGGAAUAAUUUAAGAGUUGUUAGCUAAGAAUUUGAAACUUCCAAAGAUUAUUUGAAACUAAUUACUAAUUUUUAUGAAUGCGAAGGAUUAAAAAUAGUAUUUUAUUAUUUUAUAUUAGAUCAAAUAAAAAUACACUGUUUAAACAGAUUUUUUAGCCUAUUAUUGGAGAACUUCUAAAGGAAAUUAUAUUAAAUAAGAUUGAG